AUGUCGGAUGCUUUGUAUAAUGAUUAUAAAAACAAUUAUUAUGAAUAUAUGAAGACUGUGCUAUAUACUGAGAAAAUAAUAAAUGAUAAUAAUUCAGAUCAAAAUAAACUAUUAAAUAUUUAUGAAAAAGCAAUAAAAAGUGCUGAAAAUAUGUAUAAGCGAAUGCAGUUAGAAGUAGAAACUAAUUCUAUGAUAGAAAAUGCGCAUAAUGAAUUAAACAAUAUGCAUAAUGAAAUAUCAGAAUGUAAAAAAAAAUUAAGAAAGCUAAAAGAAGAAAUUAUGAAAAAAGAUCAAAGAAAUAAUGAAUUUAACAAUUGUGAUGAUCGUAUAUUAUUACUUAGUGAUGUAGAUUUAUUGGAAAAAGGUGAUGUUUAUAUAAAUCAGUCAAAAAUAUUAUUGGAUAAUACUGAAUAUAUUAGUAAUGAUGUUAUGAAAAAUUUAAAUAAACAAAGAGAGUGUAUUAAAAAGAAUAUAUCAAAUAUCUCUUUUGUUUCGGAUAAAUUAAAUGAAGCAAAAAAUAUUAUGAAAAAUUUAAAAAACAAGGAAUUAUUAAAUAAAUAUAGAUUAUAUAUUAUUUUUUUUUUUAUAUUUCUAACUUUUUUUCUAAUAACUUGUGUAAAAUAUAAUAGAUACACAAAAAACGAUAGUAAUUCUAAUAUUCAACAAAAUAGCAAUACAUUGAUAGAUUUUGUGAAUAAUCAAGAAAUAAAUAAUUUAGAUAAUGAGAAUACCAAUAAUUUAAUGAACAAAUUAAAUAACGUAAAUAAAAAUAAUAGUAUAAUAUAUGAUUUUGUAGAAAAAAAUAAAAAUAAUGAGAAAUCUAUAAAUAGUAAAAGUACUCAUGAAUUUUCAUUUAAAACAAGUAAUGAAGAAGAUCACUUUAAUGAUAAUAAAAAUAGAAAUGAUGAUGGAGAUGAACUUAAUAACGUAAAUGAGAAUGAAGAUGGGAAUGGAAACCAAAACAAAGAUGAAAAUGGAAAUAUUAAUGAUGAUAAAAGUUAUAAUGAAAAUAAUAACAAAAUUAGUAAUCUAGACGGAAAUAAAAAUGGAAUUAAGAUUGAAUAUAUAUAA